AUGGAAAACCAUGGACGGGCAGUUGCGUUUAUGGCUCGUCUCCUCGGCAUCGAGGCACGGAUCCUUGUUCCUCGGUCUUUGAACCAUCGGACUCGGGAUAUUAUCGCCGUGGAAGGGGCUCAGUUGGCUAUUGUUCAGGGCGAUUACGAUCAGGCUGUACCGGAGGCUAUGAAUGAGACGCAUGUGGGACAGGGGUGUACUUCUCAUUCGGAAUACGGCGUUCGAGGGGUAUGA